AUGGGGCUCCCUCCCUCCCACUAAUUAUUCCGCUAUUUAUACUCGCCCACACCGCUCCUUCCCACCCCAGCCUUGGCUGUCACUCGUAGGCAGACGCUGCUGAGCUAUAGUAGAGAAUUAGAGAGCCGGCCGGCCAUGGAGUCUGACGCGAUCCAUGCACCCACGACCUCCUCCUCCUCUUCAGAUUCAACGGUAAUCAAUGGUGGCGCGCAAGUCGUGCCAAAGAACCUGCACCGCCCCAAGACCGUGAAGCGCAAGCGGCAGACGGCCACCAGCAGCUCCACUGCUCCCGGCGGCGGCCUGAGCCAAGAAACGGAGGUUGUCGCCGACGACGACGAGCGCACGGCCGGGAGGCACCCUUCGUACCGCGGCGUGCGGCGCCGGAGCUGGGGCAAGUGGGUGUCGGAGAUCCGGGAGCCGCGCAAGAAGUCGCGCAUCUGGCUCGGCACCUUCCCCACCGCCGAGAUGGCCGCGCGCGCGCACGACGUGGCCGCCGUCGCCAUCAAGGGCCGCGCCGCGCACCUCAACUUCCCGCACCUCGCCGACGCGCUCCCGCGCCCGGCCUCCACCUCCCCGGCAGACAUCCAGGCCGCGGCCGCCCUGGCUGCCGCGCAAUGCGAGCCGUCUUCCGCCGUGGCCGAGAAGAACGAGACGUCGAGUGCAUCGGCUGCAAGCUCCGGUACGGCUGCCACGGUCACCGCUCAGUGCGAGUCUUCUUCCUCCGUCGCCGAGACGUCGAGUACAUCGCCCGCAAGCUCCGGCACGGCCGGCAGCGGCGAGGAAAACGCUCUGUUCGACCUGCCCGACCUUCUGCUGGACCUGAGGGACGGCCUCUGGUGCUCGCCUGCGUGGGCGCCCGCCGCUGACGAGUACGACGGCGGCGAAGCCACGCUGCACGAUCCGCUCCUUUGGGUAGAGCAGUGCUGGACCUGAGGGAUGGCCUCUGGUGCAUACCUGCCUGGCCGCCGGCCGCCGAGGAGUACGACGGCGGCGAAGCCCCGCUGCACCAGCCGCUCCUGUGGGCGGAGCAGUGCUGGACCUACCGUUCCGUUGGGACGCGGGCGCGGCCAGUGGUUGGCCGCAACAGAAGACCGAUCGAGACACAUGGACACGUAGUAUUUCGUCCCCAAUUAACUCGUGCUUCGCUUCGCGCCAUGGUGACAAGUCGUUCUGCGACGUGAGAUAGCUACAUGCAUACUCCAAGCACUACCCUAGAAAUUUCAUUUGUUUCUUCACGGCGUGUAUGUGUGUUUGUAUCCGGAAUGUGAAACAUAAUCUUCCACAAAAGAAGAAAAAAGAAAGAGAGAAAUAUUACAAUCUAUACAAUACUUCGUUCUGGAAA